GGAAUUACUUAAUAUUAAAAUAUCAUAUAUUUGAUGAAUAUAAGAAAUUAUGAAAAAAAUAAAAAAGUUUUUUUUUUUUAAAUGAAUUAUGUUAUAAAAAAUAUUUACAAUUGAGGUAUCUUUAUAGAAGAAAAAGUUGAGGACAGUGUACACACCUUAAAUAGUGCUGCCCUCUACUAUCUAAUUUUGACUUGUUUCAGCCAUUUUGUAAACAAAAUUCACCCUGCUAACUUCAGUUCGAUGUCUCUAAUCUGUUGAAGUUUUUUUUUACAUCUUUUCUUUGCGCUCUGUCAGUAUUUGUUGGCCGGCCUUCGAUUGUAGUGUUUUUCUCAUGAAAUUUUCAGUGCUUAUGAAGAACGAUUUAUAUAUGAUUUAAUGAAGGUUUACCGAUCAAUUUAGGUUUUUAUAUUCCAAGAUGCUUAAAGACAAAAGAAAACUUCAUCUUCCAGAUCUUACCUAAGAAAAUUCAUUCAAUUUUAAAUUUGGAGUAUAGCAACAUGUUGCAAACAAGAUUGAACUAAAAAAAUGCUGUCAGUUUUAGAAGAAGAAAGUGAUAUAUAUGAGGUUUUUCCUCCUCAUGUCGAUACAUCCGAAAUUCCUAGUCAACAGGACAGUCCUAGUAGUAGAAAGAUACCCCUGAAAAGUUAUGAAGAAAUAGAUACCCUUUUAGAUUGUGGAAAGAAACGAGAGGUGAAAAUAAUUCUUAGAGAAAACUGUUGGCCGACCCAUAGUACCAUAAGAUCUCAGCUUUGGCCCCGUUUAUGCCAUCAACAUGCUCCUGAUAAAUCCAUGCAAGAAGGUUUUUACUGGGAUUUAGUAAAUCAACUAUUUGGCACCACAGAAUUGCCUGAUAAAGGAAUCUUGUUGCCACAAUUUGUGGAGAAUCAGCAUAAACACUACUAUCACUUGACCAAAGCUGGAAUCAAAGUGGCCGACAGAAUCGUCUGUGUCUUAGGUUUUGCUCUCCCUGAUAUAACAUAUUCGCCUAUGGUCUAUCCUAUAACAGCUCUCCUGCUUCACUUCAUGACUGAAGAGGAAUGCUACAACUGCCUCGCUAGCAUUGUCUCCUCAAAGGAUAUCAUGUUCAUCACACAGACUAAGCAGCUACACGAAGUUACCUGGAGGACAGUCAUGCACAUUUCUAGAAAACAUAUUAAGUCAGCUGCUGUAAGCCUUAGCCGACAAUGUCCAAACUCUAGAUCUGAAAGGAUCUACAUGGACUGGAUUUGGUGGGUAUUGCAAGGUCUUCCUUUUAAUCAUCUGGUUCGUGUUAUGGACACUUACCUUCAUGAAGGAAUCAAGGUGUUCUACAGGAUUUCCAUGGCGAUCCUUGUCCUUUUCCAGAAAUAUACCUCAGAUGUAAAUUCACGCUGGAGCAAAGAGAUACAGGAGAAUGGUAUUGAUUCAGCCUUACACAGUUUCUGUUCACAGAUACCAGUGAGUCCAAGGAAACUGCUAAGGGUGGCGUUUGGUAUCCGAGGCCUAAGCUCCAAGUACAUCCGAAGGGUAUUUGUCAAGACUGAGAUGACUCUUAAAAGCAGGGAAGUGUUGAACGGAAGUCGGCAGCUUCUACGAUCGCGAUCAUCAGAGAAUUUGCCGACCUCCCAGUCACAGAUCAACAUCCAGAUGAUGUCACACACGCUCACGAUACGAGAGCUAUUCACGUUAUGGUCUUGGCUACCAAUGCGCAUUACCAUGUACCAGCCUGUGCUGCUUUAUACUACGGAAGAACAUGGUUGCUCACUGACGACAUUUUAUAUCAGGGUUGAACAACAUGAACCAACUCUACUUAUGAUCAAGACUUGUAACAAUGAGGUUUUUGGAGCUUACUGUUCAUCACGCUGGGUUGAGAGAAAUCAGAAAGAUGAGCGCGGAAAUCGCAAUGCGUACUUUGGUACCGGAGAAACCUUUUUGUUUUCACUGUAUCCAGAGCGAGCCAAGUACCCUUGGGUUGGUAUGGAUGAUGGAAAGUCUGUUCACCAUGCUGCGGAGUUGUUCAUGGCUGCAGACACUAAGAUGAUCACCAUAGGAGGAGGAGAUGGUCAAGCAAUUUGGAUGGAUGAAAACAUUCGGUUUGGAAAAACUGACCGCUGCUUGACCUUCAACAACCCUCCUCUCUGCCAAGGAAGGGACUUUGAAAUCAGGGUCCUCGAAGUCUACGGCUUUGGAACUGCCUAAUACCAUAGCUCUUAGCUCUCAACUUGACUCUUUCACCUCUCUUUAUUUAUUUAGUUUUAUUUAUUUUUAUCUGCUAGUAUUAUAGUAUAUAUCAUCGGUGUUGUGUCUCUCAACCAUACAAAUAUUUUUAACAAAUUAUAUGGUUGGUUUUCAAUUAUAUAAUUUAAUGAAUGUAAGCAAAAAUGAUAUUUAUUUUACAUCAAGUUAUAAUAAUUGUUAUUGUUUAUUGAUUUUAUUAGUUUUUUUAUAUAUAUAUAUUUUGCUUAUUGCAUAUAUACUGUGCAUAUUUGUUGAUAUUCCUAGAAUGCUAACAGUAAUUUUUUAGUAGGAGAUUUUGUUUUUGCGAGUUUAACAUUGAAGUUUUAAUAUUUUAUUUUUGUUAUAUUGAUAAUUGUUAAAUGUGAUCAGAGAAAUGCAGAGCUAUGCUUUGCAUGUUUUAUUUAGUUUUGCCUUUAAAAGAUAAGUUGUUGAUUACUUGUUGGUUUACAUUUACAUGUGUAAGUUGUUUUUGUUCAAGGCUGGCUUCAAACCUUUUACUUUGCACACUACAAUAUUCUCAGUAUUUUAAUGCUUACAUUUAAGAUAUACCAUUUUUGAAUUACUCAGGAUACCAUUUAUACAUACAAUACAAUAAUUAUUGAUAUGUUUAGUAAACUGUCUCUACAAUAUGAAAUAAUUUUUAUAAAUUAUCACCUGUUGAGGUGUUUUAUUAAAAAUUAUAACAAAAAAAAAAAGAAAAGAAAAAUGGACCUUGCAUUAGUUAGGUUUUUAAAUUAAGAAAAAACUUUUUUUUAAUUGAAGUGAAAAGUACCAAAAUGUGAUAUUUUUUUUUUAAUUGCCCAUGGGCUUUGUUAGAAUUUCGGAUAAAAUAUAGAAAUAUUUUUACAUUUACAUUCCAAGUAAGUUUUUAUUGAAAACUUGUAGUGUGCAGUUUAAUCUAAGGUUUUAGCUUGUGAGAUUUUUGAAUAAAAAACAAAACAAAAACAAAUAAAUGAUUGAAAUCAGAUUGUAUCGUGCUAGUCUUACAUUGCAUUUAGGCCUAGUGAGGGUUCUAGUAGUCCUAGUUAUGGGUCUUUGUAAUAUUAUGAGACAUGGUAUUAGUAGCUCAUCAGCUUGCCCCUAUUGGCAUAUUUUAUUUAUGUAUAUAAUUUAUUUUUCUUGUUUUGUUACUUUUCGUUUCUCAAUUUAAAGAACUUACCCAAAAAAGUUGACUGGGAAGAAGAAGAAGAAAAAAAAAAAAAAGAAACAAUAGGGGGAAUGAUGGAUUUGUAAGUUGGUGUUUAAGUUGAAAGAAGAUUUGUGACUUUUGAUGUUGUCCUAGUCAAAUAAAAUAAUGUAAUUUAUUUAAAGUGUGGCCACUAUAAGCAUUAUAAGGAUUGAAUAAUUAACCCGUGCUACUAACCCAAGCGUAUAUACACUUUGUACGUUUCCUCUUUAUCUAUUUAGCGUAUAAGGUUUGUAACAUCGCCUGUAGUCCUGUUAGUUGUGCAGUGUUGUUAGACUGAGAGUUAGCUUUAACUGUUUUAUAUAUAUAUAUAUAUAUAU